CAUUUUUUUUCUUCUUCUACAGUGUUUAUUUUAAGAAAUGCAACCUCAACCACACGUAUUUCAACAACAUCCUGGCGCCAUGGCGCAACAAGCAAUGGCAGCAGGCGGACCACAGGGUAUGGCACCACCAGCCAAUUACAGGAAAAGACCCAGUGAAGCUGACAAACAUAUAAAAAAAAAGAGACCUACCGAUAAAAACAUGCCUCACAAAAUUGAAUCUUUUGUACCCGAAUCAAAGCUUUAUACAGAUCUAGUUGAAUUUGAAAAGACGCUCGAUGCAACCAUCAUGAGAAAGAGAUUGGAUAUUCAAGAAGCUUUAGGAAAACCCACCAAAGUCCGUCGUACCCUUCGUUUAUUUAUCUCCAAUUCAGCUGAACAGUCUUCCAAUACAGAAAACGACGUGAAUGGAUUUGAUUUAAAUAAUGGAAAUGUUCCCAGCUGGACACUCAAGAUUGAAGGCAACUUAUUGGACGCGCCUUCCAAACAACCACAACCCGUUCAGAAAUUGACAUCCUUCUUUCGUUCAGUUAUUGUAGAACUGGACAGAGACCCCAACUUAUAUCCUGAAGGCAACUUGAUUGAGUGGCAAAAGCAACCUAAUACAAGUGAUUUUGACUGCAUUGAAAUUAAACGCAAGGGCGAUAUGAACAUCAAGUGCAAAAUUAUUCUUCAUUUAGAGUCCAACCCACAAAAGUUCAAGUUAUCACCAGCAUUGGCUGAUUUGCUGGAUGUGAAGUUAGAGACAAAACCUCAAAUUGUGAUGGGUAUUUGGAACUAUUGCAAAAAUCACAAGUUACAAGAUGCGGAGGAUAAACGAUUGAUUCGCUGUGAUAAUCGCUUAGCACAGAUAUUCGGGUACCCUCAACUUCAUUUCUCUCAGUUACCCGAGUUGAUUACACCUCAUUUAAGCCGACCAGAUCCCAUUGUCAUUGAUUAUACGAUUCGAGUUGAUAAACCAAUUACACUUUCCUCAAAAUGCUACGAUAUUGAUGUUGAAUUGGAUAGCAUUGUUCGUCAAAAAAUGAUGCAAAUCGUAUCCUGUGCACAGACUCAAAAGGAAAUUAUGGGCUUGGACGAUAAAAUUGUCCAGUGCGUACAAAGUAUCAAUAACAGCAAGAUCAAACGUGAUUUCUUGAUGCAAUUCUCAAAGGAACCUGUAGAGUUUAUUAACAAAUGGAUCGCAAGUCAGGCAAGAGAUUUAGAGGUGAUCCUUGGUGAAUCCAAGGUCAAUUUGGAAGAAAUCAGACAAACGGAUUUCUACAAGCAACCUUGGAUGAAGGAAGCUGUAUUCCAUUAUUUAACAACAAAAACACAACAAAGAAUGCAAGAAUUACUCACAUCCCAGCGUGGAUAA